AUGGACGUCCAACUUAGUGUGGCUGAGGAGAAUAACCUCCUCGCCGAUUCACCCCACCCGCCACCACUGGAGGCACUCCCGCCCGCAGAGCCGUUGCCGCCAGCAGAGUCGUCGUCAAUGGAGCCUGAGGCGGACAUUCAUCCAGUGGAACCAACUCCAUCCUCAGCCGAACCAUCCCAACCCGGAGCAGGAAAAUGCCCAUCACUGCCUCCGGAGAAUGCUUGCGUUUGGCCGGGGUGUACUAUCAGGAGGGUUGUCAAUAUGAGGGUGCAUGUUAUGGGCAAGCAUGCCCCAUCGUGUUUGAAACCUUUAGGUCGGAGCACCCGUCGCCAAGCUCGGCGACAUCUCCGAAUUCUGGAGCAGCUAGCUGUCGCAUGCAUGGGUGAGGGAACCACUCUGCAAGCUCUAAUGAUUCGAGUCAACCGGGAGAGGGCACAAACACGUGGGACGCCACAUUCUUCGCAGGGUUCGAUGCCGAAAGUUUAUGACGCGCAUUUUCAUAUGGACCGUCUUCGCCAGGGGCUGGGAGUGUCAUUCAUGGCUAACCUCGGUGACCUGGAGCGGGCGGAGCCACCCCGAGGUGACGUUCGUCCCGUGUCUGUGGCGGGAGGCAUUGCAGUUUACUGCGACCCUCAAACCUACCCCACGACACGGGAAAUAAAUUUUAUCACGAGGGACCUGCACCUCAACGUUGCUGUUGGAGUUCACCCAAAGCAGAGCCUAACAUCCGACCAGUUCGAUCGGCUCCAUUCACUCUCACGGAUGAGUGAGGUAAAAGUGUUGGGGGAAAUCGGCCUUGACCAUUCCAGGCCUCCCUCUGAUUGGUACCGCCAGGAGGGACUCUUCAGACGUGUGUUGAACCGGUGUUAUUCCCAUCACCAACAUCGUGUGGUAUGUCUACAUCUGAGGGGUAUGGCUGGGGACCCCACGGCGGAAGAAUGCUACUCGCGAGCACUGGACAUCUUAAGGCUGUCCCGUAUUCCGCGAGAGCAGAGAUUACUUCUUCAUAACUACACCUCUACCGUUUCCAUCGCUGACGCUUAUCGUCGUCACUUCCCGGCUACAUAUUUUAGCUUUUCCCUGGCAGCGAGUGGUUUCAACAGCCAGCAACGACAAGCAUGUAGGCAUAUUGAAGCCAUGGACGACCGACGGUUGCUGAUUGAGUCGGAUGGGCCACAUUUCGCACCGGCAGGACAGCGAGUUGGUGCACCCCAUCUUUUGUGGGCGACAGCAGCAGUAGUGGGGGAGGUGCUCGGCCGGGAUCCCAGGCGGGUUUUAGACCUGACUUGGAAGAACGGUCGAGACCUCUUCUAAGAGCCCGAUGUGCGUCUCACAAAGAAGAUUUUAUGUUUGUUUUUAUAUUUUGUUCUGGAAAUUAAUUUACUUUAUAUUUUUCAGACCCGGAUGAUUCAGCAUAGUGAACAUCCGAGAGAACUGCUUUUUGCAUUAUUCCCCGUUGAAGACAUCAGUGUACGUUCACCGGGUUUCCUGUACAAUCUGUGACUCAGCGAGCCCAUACGUUUUACGACUGGUUAUCAACGGGAUGAUGUCAACUCUUUUCAAAUAAGGGAGGAGUGUA